CCUAUAAAAUCAAAAACACAUCCAAUAAGUUGAGAUAUAAAAUAAAAUUGAAAGCUAAAACACUUACAAGAAAAAAAGUUAGAUGUUCUCUCAUCUCCUACUUCAGUUCUAGCGGAAGAAUGAGAAUCGAAAAGAGUCCUAAUCGAAGAAGCUCCAUCACGCGAUCUACUAUGGCGAAUGCAUCUGCGCCUGCGGCGAAGGGGAAGUGGAGCAACCUCCCCAAAUAUGCUUCUUUCACAUAUUUCGUUCUCAUCAUUUUUCAGGUGCCCCUUUUCAGGAUCCAAUGUCGAUCGGGCAUGUGCACGACACCUAUUCACGUGACAGCCUCACAGCUGAUUUCGAGUGAGAUUUUCCCACUUCCAGUGGUGAAGACUCUUCUCUACCCCGGAGCUAUUGUGAACGGCCUCGCUACCAACAUGAGUUUCCCGAGUUGGAAUAAUCUGUUAAGCAUCUAUAACUUGACCAACAUUAAGGAGGCUUCUCCCGAAGUUGACCUACAACGAUUAGAGGUUCUUGCCGGAAGUUACUUUUGCGUCGCUGGUUCCCUCGUUGGUCUCCUAAAACAGGGGAGGAUGAACAUGUUCGGAACUCUACUCGUCAUCUGGGGUCUUCUCAAGGAAGGCAUUCUUGGAAAGCCAGCAAAUACAGACCCUCAAAAGGCCGUAUUCGUGUACCCGACAAUGAUGAUAGCCGUGCUCUGCGCUUUCUUAUCAGUGAAGUACAACCUAAAGAAGAUAGCCCAAAAAAACACCGCGACUCAACCUGCAGCGAAGCCUCUAAAGAGCUCUUCAAAAGCUAAGCUAAAAUGAUCUUGAGCCAAAAUAGGAUGUUCCUCACACUUUCUUGAUUCUCAUCUAUGGUGCCUCAAUGACUCAUUUUCGUUGUGUAUGACCUUGAUUUUCUUGCCCCAUUUCCUCUUUUCCUCUUUUUGGUGUUUGAAAGUCUCCUUUAAAAUGUGCAGUGAGUGUAUUUUUAGUACUCAUUUAAUUUCAAACGCCAAUUCAAGAA